GAGCUACUGGUAAACUGUGCUGUUUGACAGCCUCGGGCGAACUAUCACUCCGUUAACUGUUUGACACCUAGACAGUUGCUGCAAAUCUCGCUCUGUAAUGGGCUAUCCGGCGGCUCCGGGAAUCACUUUGCGGAUGAGCCAGCUCUCGGUGUCACAAGCUGAGUGCCGAAUGGUAACCGUGGGCCUUACAAGAAGAUACACGGCACUCAAUAGGCUCACGGAUUCGGAGAGUGGUGAUCGGUUCCAACUUUUCCUGGUUCCAGAUCCACUGUGGGUUCUCGGCGUCGUCACUCAUUUUCCUUCCGUUUGUCUAUACGUCUAUACGCCCAUAAUGCUUUGCCUAAAAAAGGGUUUCUAGAUUGCCCGACACAUGGUACGUCUUCUGUAGCUCAUUCAGUCUAGAUAGAAUGCCUUCCAUGUCCCUGUCAGACACAUCGAGAUUGACUUUCUCUUCUUGUACCACGUUUACUGUCGUUCCUUUAUAUCGUCCGU